AUGUCGUCCUCACUUGAAUCAAAGACGGAAGGAAAGCAGGUUUCGUCAGAUCUGGUCGAAAUUCUCAGCAACGAAGACGUUGAUGUUGCGUUGAGGUACUUGAAAAAGGCACAUGCCGAGGAUGUGGCAUUAAGUGACCAAACUACAGAUGUUUCUGGUAUCAAGGGCCAAUCCAACGAAGAGCGUACUUAUUUUGGCACUCACACGCUGCAACCCCGGAUUUUGCGCAAAGUGGACUGUUUCAUUUUGCCGUUUUUGUGUCUCACGUAUCUGUUCAUGUUCCUCGACAAAGCGCUGCUCAAUUACGCAGCAGCGAUGGGAAUCAAGCAACACCUGAAGGGCAACGAGUUUUCGGAUCUAGGAACAAUAUUCUCAGCGGCGUACAUUUUCGCUGAGCCGUUUGUCACCUUCUGUAUCCAGCGUUGGCCAAUUUCCAAAGUCAUGGGUACGUUUAUCACCUUGUGGGGGGUGGUAUUGGCUUGCCAUUCGGCGUGCAAGUCGUAUGCGUCACUUAUGAUCGUUAGAACUCUACUGGGUAUGCUGGAGUCUAGCAGUGCUGUUGGCUGCAUUGCCAUCAGCGGGAUGUACUACACGAAAUCUGAGCAAUCUGCCCGGAUCGGGUUCUGGGCUACUCAGGCAGGCACGGGGUACAUUGUGGGUGGUUUGAUUUCUUUUGGAUUCCUGCACUACCAUGGAACCUCCUUCACAUCUUGGCAAAUUAUGUUCUUGGUCGUCGGACUUGUUACUGUCCUUUUUGGCAUAGCAACCUUCCUGUAUCUUCCAGACAACGUUACGAAUGCGUGGUUUUUGGAUGAAACGGAAAAGGUGGAAGUUUUGCGUCACAUCAAGGCCAACCAGACCGGCCACGAAAACAAAAAAUUCAAAAUUUCGCAGAUCAAAGAACUGUUUCUGUAUGACAAGCUCACUUACCCAAUGCUUUUGAUCACCGCGUGCUCUCAGAUCUCCACGGGCGCUAUUGGCACGUUUUCCGUCACAAUCACACAAACUUUUGGCUUCGACAAAUAUCAAUCCGCACUGUUACAAUUGCCAAUUGGUACCAUCACCGCGAUUAUCAUUCUGGUCACAACACAGAUGUUAUCGCGUUUUGGUCAGUUCACCUUGAUCACCACUUCCAUGUACAUUCCAGCCAUCAUUGGCUGUAUUGUCAUGCUAUCAUUGCCGCUUUCCCACAAAAUCGGCAACCUAUUCUCAUUGUACCUGCUAUACAGCGGUUCCUGUGUCAUUACCAACAUCUACAUCUGGAAUUCAUGCAAUACUUCCGGCUAUUCGAAGCGUGUGUUUCGUAAUGCAGCAACAAUGAUUGUCUACAGCAUUGCCUGCAUCGUGGCCCCGCAGAUGUUCAGAACCAGUUCCUAUCCUCGCUACAUUCCUGCCAAAAUCGCACUACUGGUGACCCAAGCUGUAUGCGUCCCAUUACAACUCUACGUCGGCUAUGUAAGCAGAAAAGAGAAUCGGGCAAGAGACAAGGAACAGGAGGGUCAAGAAAAGACUCAGUAUCAGUUUCUAGAUUAUACUGACAUUGAAAACAGAAGCUUCAGAUAUUUUUACUGA